AUGCUACAAUUAUUGAAAAACUUUGCAAUUACAAAAUAUUGCUUUCUCAACUCUUUUCCAAAAAUAUUAGUGCGAUCAUCAAUUUUAAAUUCUUCAAAUAUUAGGCGUGUGACUACGUCGUGUACCAAUACUAAUAUUGUUGACCCAAGUACUUUAGAAUUUACUAAGAGGAAUGAAACUAUCUUAAAAGAUUUACCUAAAUACUACCCAAGUCUAUCAGAGUUUGUGUGUACUGAUGUGUCUAAGUGCCCAUCUAUUUUAUCGCCCGAGGAUUUCCAUAAUCAAUACAAAGAUAUUAAACAAGAUUUGAGUAAUGAAAUAGUGCAAGUUGGAGGACGAAUCAAGAAAAUAAGGUUUUCUGGUAAGAAAAUGGCAUUUAUCCAAUUAAUUGGAGGGCUUAACAACACAACUUUACAAAUCAUACUUAAUUAUAGAAUAAUUAAUGAACACAAGAGUGUUGCUAUUGAGACAUUUCAUGAUUAUUUGCAUCAUUUUAUUAAACCGGGAGACUAUAUAAUGUUAAAGGGAUUCCCUGGUUUGAGUCAGAGGGAAAAAACACUCAGUUUGAAGAGUAUCGAACUACCUAGUUUUUUAUCGAUUAGACAAUUACCGUUACCACCUCAAUUAAAUGAUAAAGCUAAAAUUAAAACCAAUAGAGUAGUCCAAUAUUUAAUAAAUCGUACUGGUGAUCGAUUUCUUCCAGAUAAUGAUAUUAUUUUGCUAAGAUCUAAAGUAUAUAGAAUUAUCAGGGACUAUUUAAACGAUAAAAAAUUCAUUGAAGUAGAAACACCGAUUUUAAAUGGGAAUAGUAACGGUGCUAAUGCUAAGCCUUUUAUUACCAAAUUGAACGCAUUGUCUUCUGAUAAAUUGAAUAAUCAAGUGAAUUUGGAGCUUCGUAUUGCACCUGAGUUAUGGUUAAAAAGAUUGAUCAUUGGUGGAUACGAAAGAGUCUAUGAAUUGGGUAAAGUUUUCCGUAAUGAAAGUGUUGAUAGUACACACAACCCUGAAUUUACCACAUUGGAGACCUAUGGUAGUUUUAUGACUAUGGAAGAUUUAAUAUUAUUGAGUGAAGAGCUUUUCCGAAAAAUUAUUAUGGCUGUCAAUACUGACACUAGCAUUGAACUACGUAAUAUAUUGAGUGUUAAUAAUUGGAAGUUUAAAAGAGUGGAAUUUAUACCCACUUUAAGCAAAGAACUCAAUGUUCCUUUACAAGAAUUGCGUGAAAGGAUUGAAUCAUUGGAAAGUAAAGAUUUAGAAAUCCAAAAAAAUUCAAUAAAGUAUUUGGAGACCUUUCUGCCCAGUAGCAACUGCAGUAGCAGUAGUCCACAACAGGUACUAGAUAAAUUGUGUGGUGAAUAUAUUGAAAAAAAAUAUUGUAAUGAUUUACAUCCGGCUAUAAUAUACCAUCAUCCAAAAAUAAUGUCACCACUAGCUAAAAAUAAUUAUAAGGAUAAUAAUCUUACUAGUAAACGAUUUGAAAUUUUUAUUAGAGGUAAAGAGUUUUUGAAUGCAUAUGAGGAAGAAAAUUGUCCACAAGAACAAUUGACUAAAUUUAUCAAUCAACAAUUGCAAAAAACCAAGUAUGGCGAUCUAGAAAGUUUGAAAGUUGAUCUUUUUUAUGUGGAAGCAAUGAAAUGGGGGAUGCCUCCUACUGGUGGGUUGGGAUUAGGCAUAGAUAGAUUGCUAAUGUUAUUAAGUGGUUCGAAGAGAAUCGAAGAGGUCUUGAGCUUUGGUACAGUUGAUGAUGUGCUAAGACAAUGA